AAAGAAGGAAAACCAAAAGCAAAUCUUCAGCAACCACAGGGGGAAAAACAAACAUGGGAGUGAAGAGAUGGAAACGCAAAGUGAGGAAGUCAAAAUUGAGAAGAAAACUGGUCAUAAAGAAGGAAACCAGUUCCAGAGGUCGUAUUGCACGGAGUUUAGGCAUUAAGAAGCCCAAGUCUGGCUCCAUGAUUCCUUCAGUUUAUCAACCUUCAGAGUACAGUUUAGGAAGUAUGCGGGCCGAAAUCGGAGCAGCCUCUCUCUCUGUGUAUGGAGAUCCCUUUGACCUGGACCCCUUUGAUGAUAGGGAGGAUGAGAUUCAA